AUGACACUGAUUCUGAAGGCGAAGCUAGGCAUGCCCCAGUUUCUGAGCACAGAAGCCCAGAGCCUCCUGCAGGCUCUCUUCAAGCAGAAUCCUGCCAACCAGCUUGGCUCUGGUCCUGAUGGGGCAGAGGAGAUCAAGCGGCAUGUCUUCUACUCCACCAUUGACGGGAACAAGCUGGACUCCCCAGGCAUCCCCCCCACCGUGGGCGCCCAUCAACUGUUCCGUGGCUUCAGCUUCGUGGCCACAGACCUGAUGGAUGAUGACGGCAAACCUCACUCUACACAGGCACCACUUCACUUCACUCGGUGGUUCAGCAACUACACGGGAAGAACCUGGUGUUCAGUGUGGGCUCCUACUCCGUGUGGCACCUUCCAGAGUAGCGGUCGUUGUGGUGAUAAUUAUGAUUAUAACAAUCAGGAAAAAGUCAAGUUUAUCAUCCUUUGCAGCUUUGUUGGGUUCAGAGGAUCAUUUCUGGCAAUGCUCACCUUCCUUAUGUUUCCAGUUUACUUGACAAUGAAUUAUUCUGCAUCGCUGAUUAUUCCAAACACUACUUACAUUCUUGCAUGGAAUGUUCCAACAGAAAAAUGUCCUAAUGAAUACAAUGUGACAAUAAAUCUGAGCAUCUACUCAUUUAUAGGAUAUCCUACUAAAAAUACCACUGGACAAAAUGUUACAUUGUUUUAUGUGGAUAGACUUGGUCUAUAUCCUACCAUAAAUAUGAGUAAUAAUGAAGAUGUGAAUGGAGGUAUUCCCCAGUAUGGAAAUCUGACAGCUCACUUGGAAGAAUCCAGUAAAAACAUUGAAUAUUAUAUAAAAAACGAUUCUGUAGGCUUGGCUGUUAUUGACUGGGAAGAUUGGAGACCGCUCUGGGAUAGAAAUUGGGGUUCAAAAAAUAUUUACAGGAACAAAUCUAUUGAGUUGGUUAAACUAAACAAUAAAAGUCUUAAUCCACUUGAUGUUAACAAGACAGCGAAAAGAGAAUUUGAAAAGUCAGCAAAGGAUUUCAUGCUAGAGACUUUAAAACUCGGAAAAUCAUUAAGACCAAAGAACUAUUGGGGUUUCUACCUUUUCCCUGAUUGUUACAAUCAUCAAUAUAGGAAAAGCGAAUAUAAUGGAAGUUGCUUUGACAUAGAAAAAACAAGAAAUGAUCAGCUCAACUGGUUGUGGAAUGAAAGCACUGCUCUUUACCCAUCCAUUUAUUUGAAUAAAAAUUUAAGUUCUAAUCCACGGGCAGCACUCUUUGCCAGAAAUCGGGUCCAGGAAGCCACUAGGGUAUCUAAAAGGCCAGAAGUUGAAAAUCCACUUCCGGUUUUUGUGUAUGUUCGUCUGGAUUUUAUAGAUGCUCCUGGAGAAUUUCUUUCUGAGCCUGACCUUGUGAAUACUAUUGGUGAAAGUAUUGCUCUAGGCGUGUCUGGAAUUAUAGUAUGGGGAAGCCUUAAUUUCAGCAAAAGUCAGGCAUCUUGUAAGAAUCUAAGCAAUUACAUGAACACUGUCCUAAAUCCUUACUUACUGAAUGUCACCCUAGCCGCCAAAAUGUGUAGCCAAGUGCUUUGUCAAGACAAAGGAAUAUGCAUAAGGAAAAACUGGAAUGCAGCUGAUUACCUUCACCUAAACCCAGAAAAUUUUGGGACUGAAAUUGGGGAUAGUAAAAAGUAUAAAAUGAUUUUGAAUACUACAGUUCCAGACCUGAAUGAAUUUGAUGAAAAAUUUAAUUGCAGUUAUUAUUCCAAUGUGAAUUUUACAAUUUGA